UGUCAAAAAAAGAAGAAAAAUUGUCUUUUUCAACCUGUCACAUGACAAGUCUUCACCCUCUUGUACUUAUGGAGGGCCUUUCUCAGCUGGAUUUCUAAAAUGGUGGCAACACUCCAUUAUCAUGACUGUGGUUAUAGCUUCUUCUGUCUCUCUUUUUUUUCCUUUCCGCGUCUUACGCAUGCGCCAUCAAGCGUCGCAUAACCACUCCGAAUUUAUGCAUGCUUAUAUAUCCAAAAAACCCCUUAUUGUAAUAAAAAAACAACACCUCGUAACCAAAAAAAAAAGUUUGUUAUUUGAUGGAAGCUUUUAGAUUGCUGGAGGGAUUUCGUGUUGCUGAGGGAUAGCAAUAGAAACGAUUUUCACAUAAUAAUCUUGCCAAUAAAAAAAGGGUUGUCAAAU